GGCAUGUCUUCGUGUUAUUAAAAAUAACGGAGAUAUUUCUUUGUAACAAAAUCAUUGAGACACCCUAUAAUAUGCAUACAAUUCAAUUAAUUAUAUGAAUUUUACGAAUAUGUGUACUUUAGUAAAGAAUUCACGAACGCAGGAAGGUGACAAGUGCCAGACAGUAUUCGAAAUGUCAAUCAAGGUCUUAAAACAUGUUUUAAAAUGUUUGAUUAUCAAAUUUCAUAUAAUAUUUGACUGUAUGAUAGAUUUCAUUUUUGGGUUAUAUUAUGAUCAUAAUAUACAAAAGGUACCACCUAUUAAGAAUGAUUUAUUACUGACAAGUGCAUCAGAAUUAGCUGAAAGAAUCAGAACAAAGAAGAUAUCAUCUGUAGAGGUUGUAACAGCAUUUAUAAAUCGGGCAAAAGAAGUAAAUGGGAUAAUAAAUGCAAUAGUUGAAGAUAGAUAUUCUGAUGCCUUAGAAGAAGCCAAAGAAGUAGAUAAAUUUUUACAAACAUUAGAAAAUAUUGAUUCAAUAAAAGAGAAGAAACCAUUUUUGGGUGUUCCUUUCACAACAAAAGAAAGCAAUGAAGCAAAAGAUAUGCUUCAUACGAUGGGUUUAACAAGUAGAUGUACUUUCCGUUCUAAAGAAGACGCAACAGCAAUACGCUUUAUGAAAAAUGCUGGUGGAAUUUUGAUUGCAAAAACGAACAUUCCUGAAUUAAAUCUCUGGUCUGAAUCAAGAAAUAAUAUAUAUGGACAAACAUGUAACCCAUAUAAUACUACUAGAAAUGUUGGUGGAAGUAGUGGCGGAGAAGGAGCAAUUACUGCUGCCUGUGGAACUGCAUUUUCUGUUGCCAGUGAUAUUGGUGGUUCUACUCGAAUGCCUGCUUUCUUUAAUGGAGUGUUUGGAUUUCAAUCAACUGCAGGUUUAACACCACUGAAAGGUAUUGGACUUCGAAAAGAGGAUUAUCCUAAUUCAAUGGCAGGAGUGGGACCAAUGUGUAAAAAAGCAGAAGAUUUAGUACCUAUUUUGAAAAUUUUAGUUGGAGAAAAAAUCUCAUUACUUAAGCUUGAUGCAGAAGUAGAUGUAAAAUGUCUUAAUAUUUUUUACCAAGAAAAUUCAGGUGAUAUAAGAGCAAGUAGAGUAAAUUCUGAAAUGAGAGCUGCUCUUUUAAAAGUUGUACAACAUUUUAAAGAAAUUACUGGAUCUGCAACAAAAAUAAAAAUACCUGGUUCUGAAUAUAGUUAUCGAUUAUGGCGAUUUUGGAUGACACAAGAAAAUUUUGAUUUCAAAAUAAGUAUAACAAACGGAAAGUAUCGUGCGAGUGCUCUUACAGAAAUUUUCAAAUUUUUAACUGGAAGUUCAGACUUAACGUUAGCUGCUAUUCUGAAACUAAUUGAUGAAGACAUAUUUCCUCGAGAAGAUGCUGAAUGGGCAAUGAAUAUAACAAAAAAUAUGAAACAAUAUUUGAUGGAUAAAUUGGAGCAUAAUGGCAUACUAAUUUAUCCAUCUUCACCUUUUCAAACUGGUUAUCAUUAUACAGCUUAUUUAAGACCAUUUAAUUUUGGUUAUUGGUGUCUUUUUAAUGUUUUAAAAUUCCCGGUGUGCCAAGUGCCUCUUGGUGUAGGCAAAAAUGGACUACCUAUUGGAGUGCAGGUCGUAGCAGCUCCCUAUAAUGAUCAUUUAUGUUUGGCUGUAGCACGAGAAUUGGAGAAAGUGUUUGGUGGUUGGGUUUCACCAGUCUAAUUUAUUACAAACUGAUAUUAAUUCAACUCAGCAAUGAUUUACAAAAGUAAUUGCUAUUUAGUAAUAGCAGUGUGAUAUUAUUUACUAUACAAUAUUCUUUCUACAUUUGUUAAUAUAUUAAUAAUAAUAAACAAUGGAUUUAAGGUGCAAUAUAA